AUGGCGACGCUGACGGCGGCGGCACUCGUGGCGGUGACACUCGUGGCCGCGGCGGCGCCUGGGCAGCAGAGAGAGCUGUCGCUGCAGUGCUGGCGGCAGCUGGCGGCGGCGGCUGGGGGCGGCGGCUGGCGGCGACAUUGCUGGCGGCAGCCAUGCGGGGGCGGCGCUGCUGCGCCAAAGGAGGAGGAGAAGCCCCCCGUGUUUGUGCUCCGCCUCGCCGACAACGCCAUCGGCUCGCCCGGCGCGCUGGUCGACGAGAUGGUGAGCGCCGCGGCCGAGCCGGAGCCAGACACCACCGUCCUGCUGCCCGACUUCGACGACCAGCGCGACCCGCUGCCCGAGCCGCCGCCGAGGAUGCGCGGCGGCGGCAGCACCUACCGCCGCCCGCCCGACCGCGGCGGCGACCGCGGCGGCGGCGGCGGCGGCGGCACGUUUGGCGCGGGUGAGUGCUGGGACUUCAAGCAGGGCCGCUGCUUUCGCGCGUCGUGCAAGUUCUCGCACUCCUCGAGCGGGGGGGGCGGCGGCGGCGGUCGGCGGGAGAGGGAGCGGGACGAGGACCGGCGGCGCGACCGCGACUACGACCGCCGGGGCGACCGCGACCGCGAGUCUGACCGGCGUGACCGCGACUACGACCGCCGCGACCGCGACCGCGACCGGCGCCGCGAGUCGCCGCCGCGUCGCGGCAGGAGCGAGUCGGAGGGCAAGGGCCGCUCUCGCUACCGCGACGACCGAUCGGACCGGUCCGAGGAGGACUGACGGUCCGAGGAGGAGUGAGGGGCGGCGGGGCGUCCUCCCUCGCCCUCCUCCCUCGCCCCUCGCUGGCCGGCCCUCGCUGGCCGCGCAGCCCCGCGUCGCGCGCAGCUCGUCGCGGGCAGGCCUCCCGCUUCGGCCCGUCCUUCCGUUCGCAGGGAGGGGUGGGAGGAGGCGGCCCUGAGGCGGCCAGCGCGAGGCUGAUUGGGGAGGGCGCUGGGAGGCUGCCGCGGGCGCGCAGGCGCCGAGGCGCGGGGAGGGGGCCACCGGAUCGGGACCAGUACUGCCCUCCCGGCGCACCUUUCCUCGUUGCCGAACUCACUUCUAGAGACACAGCAGUUGGAGCGGGACGUGGGACGACCCCCGCGGCACACCGGCCGCCGUGCGACUGUCGCGUAAGAGAUUGUCCUUGAGUGAGGCAUGUUUUUCUUUUAUCUUUAUAUGCCAUUG